AUGGCCAGCCUUCAAAGUCGAAGGACACUUCAAAGACUUUUUAGUCAAUAUAUCAGAGGAAGACAAAAUCCAAUCAGACAAAAUCAUUCCUCAGAAGGUAUUCAGCACAUUGAUAAGAUACUCAUUGCAAAUCGAGGCGAGAUAGCUUGCCGUGUUAUACGUACUGCACGUCGACUUGGGAUCAGGACAGUUGCUGUUUACAGUGAUGCAGACAAAGACUCAUUACAUGUUUCUAUGGCAGAUGAGGCCUAUAACAUUGGCCCUCCAGCAGCCACACAAAGUUACUUACGUCAGGAUAAAAUUAUGGAUGUUGUGAAAGCAUCUGGGGCACAGGCUAUACAUCCAGGAUAUGGAUUCUUGUCUGAAAAUACAGAAUUUGCAGAAUUAUGUGGCAAAGAGGGUGUGGUGUUUAUCGGACCCCCUGCCUCAGCCAUUAGAGAUAUGGGCAUCAAAAGUACAUCCAAAUCCAUUAUGUCUGCUGCUGGUGUCCCAAUCAUUGAGGGUUACCAUGGAGAGGACCAAUCAAACACCACACUUGCUGCUGAGGCUGCUAAAAUUGGCUACCCUGUCAUGAUCAAGGCUGUGAGAGGAGGUGGAGGAAAAGGUAUGAGGAUUGCCCAUAGUCCAGAGGAGUUUGAAUCACAGCUGGAAUCAGCUCGAGCUGAGGGGCUGAAAUCAUUCGGUGAUGAUGUCAUGCUGUUAGAAAAAUUUGUAGAAACACCAAGACAUGUAGAGGUACAGGUGUUUGGAGACAAACAUGACAAUUAUGUAUAUCUGUUUGAACGUGACUGCAGUGUACAACGACGACACCAGAAAAUUAUUGAAGAGGCACCUGCUCCUGGGCUGUCUGAUGAAGUAAGAAGAUCUUUGGGUGAAGCAGCAGUGCGGGCUGCAAGGGCUGUCAACUAUGUUGGAGCAGGCACUGUUGAGUUUAUUAUGGACAAACACCAGAAGUUCUUCUUUAUGGAGAUGAACACAAGACUACAGGUGGAGCACCCUGUUACUGAGAUGAUUACUGGUACAGACCUGGUGGAGUGGCAGAUCAGGGUUGCUAGUGGAGAGAAAAUUCCUGUGGAACAGAAAGACAUACAGUUCAAAGGUCAUGCUUUUGAAGCACGUAUUUAUGCUGAGGACCCUAACAACACCUUCAUGCCAGGGGCAGGGCCAUUGCUACAUCUGACCACACCCUCUCCUGAUGAGAAUACCAGGAUUGAUACAGGUGUCAGACAAGGUGAUGAAGUGUCUGUUCACUAUGACCCAAUGAUUGCCAAGUUAGUGGUUUGGUCUGAGGACAGAGGUUCUGCUCUACGUCGCAUCAAGUCUGCCCUUGCUGAUUACCAUGUGCUUGGUUUGAGUACAAAUAUCCAGUUUCUGAUGGACCUUGCAGACAACCGGCACUUUGAGGCAGCUGAUGUGCAUACGGACUUCAUUCCACAGCACUAUAACGAACUUUUUCCUGAGAGAACAGUAUCUGAUACAGCCUUAUGUCAGGCAGCUGUUUCCCUAGUAAUACAAGAGGCUGACAAAGCCAAGGACAGAUGUGUUAAUACACUAGAUCCAUUUUCACCUUUCACGAUGUGUACAGCUGUUAGAAUAAACUCACCACCAACAAGAAAAAUUGUCUUGCAGGAUGGAGAUCAAAAAGUAGAGAUAAUUGUACAGUCAAACAGUGAAGGCUCUUACACCAUCAAAAUUAAAAACAAGCAGUACAAUGUGACUGCCACGCAGCGUAAAGAGGCUGACGAGAUGAAGAUUACAUGUAACAUUGACGGGAAAUUCUCUAGUGCUCACAUUGUACAGAUGGGCUCCUCCAUUCACAUUUUCUCUCUGGAUGGCAGACAAGACUUGGCCCUGCCUGUACCUGAAUAUUUGGGUGCAUCAGGGGCCAAAGCCAAGACUGGGGAUCCUAUAGCCCCAAUGCCUGGAGUCAUAGACAAGGUUAUGGUGAAACCUUCGGACAAUGUGGAGAAGGGACAGCCAAUGGUCAAGAUGAUAGCAAUGAAAAUGGAGUAUGUCAUCAAUGCACCAUCAGCUGGAGUGGUAGAAAAGGUGUUCUUCAAAGAAGGUGAAACUGUAUCAAAGGGUUCAGUUCUAGUCCAUAUCAAAUCCAGCUCAGAGGAGGAAGAGGCAGAGUAAAGUCAUGAAAUAAUUAUGUUAAUUCAUAGUAUGGAAAUGUGGAAAUUAAAUCGCUUAUUAUCAUACUACUCUUGUGUAGGUAUUUGUGAACCUUUUUGGUCAUUUGAGAUUUACAAGACACUUUGCUGGAUCAAAUGUUUUCAAAGAUCUACCAGAUCCUGCAGACUCCCACUGGUAGGAAAGGUCAGUUCAUGAAUGGUUGUUUAAUUUUAUUUUCAAACAUUAAACAAUAGUCAUAGUUUCCUGUGUUUUCAAAAAUGUUUGUGAUAGUAUAACUUUUUUCAUUGAUACAGUUCACAUGGUAAGACAAAUACAUUUCCACCCUCUUACCUAAUGUGUCAUAUAUGAAUAGUUACUUUGAUAGACUGACUGACAAUAGUGUGAUUAAUUCUGUUAAUAAGAACAAUCUAUAAUGACUGUAUAUACUGUAGUUGAAACUUAAUGUCAUCUCAGGUAUAUUUUGUUUUUAAUUUGACUAUAAACUCUUAAGAACUGUGUUUUUUAAUCAAUAAUUUGGUUUUUGGAUUUUUUAAAGGGACAUUCCACCCAAUUUGCAAAUUUCUUGCUGUUCUGUACUGUUUAAGAACUCAUUGGACAGGUGAAAUUGUUGGGAAUACUCCCAGCCAAAAAAACAAAAUAGCGUAUCAGAAACCUGGAAUUAAAAGGACACAGGAUCAUAGAUUUUAUGGUGUGUGGUACACAUAAUUACUCAAGGGAAUACUGUUCACAAAAUGUUCAGCUGGUGUUACAAUUUGUUUUUGACUUCUUUAGACUUACUUUCUGUUGAUUUUAUAAUUUACAUUUUCAUUCUCUUCAGCUUAUAACAACGCAAACCUGUUAUGACUCAAUCAGAGCUGCACAAACAUUUAAAAAUCAAUUUAGACAGAUCUAUAAAGAAUCCUGGAAAUAAGAUAACAUAUGUUUGUUUAAAUAGUAAAUUGAAGUGUAUGAUUUCUAUAAAAACAUCAGUAGAUAAUUUUGUACAGUAUUCUAAGCAUCUUAUGACAUCCUAACUUGUAUGGAAUAUCCCUUUAAUGUUGUUGUAGUAUGAAGUGUUCAAAUUUGACUGAUGGGAUUAAAAAAUUCCUGAUGAUUUAGUCCAAUGUUAAAUUAAACAUUAACAUAUGAUGAAUUUAAAUUUUAAGAAAAUUGGCAGAUUAUCAAAGUAUUAUGAAGAAAUUAAUUUUGUUUGAUGUGAAACUCAAUUUGCUAUCUUAUGUUUGUGAUGUAUACAAAUAUAUGAUAUACAAAAGAGUAGGAAAAGACAAACUAAAUAAAUUGGUAGUAUAGGGUCUGGAUAUAUAAUAAGGAUGAGUUAUUAGUUUCAUCGAAUAAUUGCAUACCUUUCAUGUUUUUCUUUUCCCCUAUUUCAGGACAUAGCAAUGAUUAUAAAGACAAAUUCUGUGAAAUAAAUUCAAUUUAAUAAAUAUGAAUAAAAUUGUUCUGUUGAACAUUUGUAAGCUCAAUACAAAGGUGUCAUGUUUUUAUGCUCCCCAGAAAUUGUUUAAGGGAGUAUAUAGUCACCGCCUUGUAUCAUAUUUUUUUUGUUUAUUUUUAUUUCAUUUCUUCAGAAAUUAUUUAUAUUAGAAUAUAUCAGAUGAUAUUCAACUUUGUUUAUUUUGAAGGGAGACACCAUUAUCAGCACUUACCCUAAUUAAUUAGAAUGACGACAGUUUCAUUUCUGACAAUGAUUCACCUAUUGAAGAAGUUCUGUUUAAUUCUGUAGGAAUAUUUUGUUGUUGUUUAGAACAAAGAGAAACUGUUGUUACAUCUUUAAUAUCUUAUUUAUGUGUGGAUGGCUUUAUGACAUUUGUAAAUAAGUAAAUAUAUUUGCAUAUAUUUGUGUAGCAUGAUAAAUGAACAAUGGGUGUUUGAAUAUAUUUGAUACUCAACAUUUUUUUGUUUUGUUUUCAAAAUGAAUAUUUUUGAAAUGUGUGAUAUACAAUGUAAAAAGUAA